AUGGAGGCCAUUAAGGGAUCGAGUUCAGAAAAUGCCCGGGAAGAUCACCGGAUGUUGGAAGCGGCUGAGGCGUUGGCGGCGUUAGGUCAUGUUGGUGAAUCGGUUAGUGAACGAGUCAAGGCCGAAUCAAACGCUGGUAACUCGUGUUUUGACUCAAUAGAAUCGUCCUCGAAGCGUCCCAUCAAUGUCGAUAAGCAAUCGGAGAAGACAUGCAUCUGGGCUGAAAAACCAGUGAACAAUGAAUGGAAUACUGAACUUGCAUCAAAUGUUUCUUAUUCCACAAAAUAUUCAACUUUAGGUGGCAGGAGGCAUAGAAGGAUUUUGACCGAGGCGGAAAAGGAAGCGCGUAAGAUACGCAGAGUGCUGGCAAACAGAGAGUCAGCUAGACAAACAAUCCGCAGGAGGCAGGCCAUAUAUGAGGAGUUGGCCAGAAAAGCUGGUGAUCUAGCAUGGGAGAACAAAAAUUUGAAAAGGAAAAAGGAGAUGGCUUCAAAAGAGUUGGAAUUUUUGAAGAGUACAAAUGAAAGCUUAAAAGCAAAGAUGAUCAAGAUAACAAAGAUGUAUGAAGAUACUUAUUGUUCUUCAUCAACAAAUUCUCCGAUUAUGAUGUGUAACCAAUCAUCAUUUUCCCCUUUCACAUGGCCUCCAAUGAUUGUAUUCCCUCACCCUUGGCUUUUUCCUUUUCUCCAAAAUAAUAAUCAAAACCAUCCCUAUUUUAAUCUAAAUGAAAAACCAGUAGAGUCUUCUUCUUUGCGGGGCAAUCUACUUUCUGAUAGCAAGCAAAUUAUGCAUAAAAAUCAUCAAGUUCCAGAUACUUUUUUGAUUAUGGUGCCUGUUUCUCUUUGUUUUUGCCUCUCGAAAAAGCUUAAAGGAUUAAGACUGCGAAAUCAUGGAAUUACAUGCCUAAAGAUGGACCUAAUUGUUAUCCUCGUUGUAAGUCUUGACCCAAGACAAAAAUGUAAGUAA